UUCCAUCAACGCGACACCAACCGCUCCUCCCUCUUCUCGGGCUACGACCAACGCUCGCGCCCAACCUCCACAUCCCCAAACCCAUACACCGCAAGCAACGGCUACAGCAUCCCUUCAUCCUCAAACAACACAUUCGCCGCCUACCCAGGUAACAACACAGAAAGAGGCGGCUCGAGCGCGAGUUUCCGCACAGCGACACCAGAUAAACGGGGUGCUUAUAGCGAUGCCGUGCUCUCGGAGCUGGAAUCGCAGAAUGACGAGCAGGUUUCUGAGAUGAGUAAGAAGGUUGGCAUGUUGAAAGAUAGAUGGGAAGAGGAGCAGAGUGCUGACGGUGGUGCUAAUAGNCUUACUCUGCGAAUUGGCGACGAGAUCCGUGAUUCGACUGCGCUGGCGGAAAAGAUGAAUGAUCAGUUCUCGAAUACGAGUAAUAAGCUCAAGGGCACGAUGAACCGUAUGCUGCGUAUGGCACAGAGCACGGGUGUGGGUUGGAAGGUGUGGCUCAUCUUCUUUGCCUUUGUCGUGGCCUUGUUCUGGUAUGUCUGGCUGUUC